CUAAGCUAAUCGCAAAUUCAGACGGCAGCCAUGGACAUCGGCGGGGCCGACAAGGGCACGACGGCGGCCUGGAUGGCGGCGCACCGCGGGAUGUACGAGCGGGCCACCCGGCACCCCUUCACCGUCUCCAUCCGCGACGGCACCGUCGACCUGGCCGCCUUCAAACGCUGGCUCGGUCAGGACUACAUGUUUGUGCGAGAAUUUGUUGCAUUUCUGGCUAGUGUACUACUCAAGUGUUGCAAGCAAUCAGACAGCUCGGACAUGGAAAUAAUCCUAGGUGGUUUGGCUUCUCUUAGUGAUGAGCUCUCCUGGUUCAAGAAGGAAGCUGCUAAAUGGAGUGUUGAUCUGGCCGGUAUUUCUCCCCUCACUUCUAAUACGGAGUACUGCAGGUUUCUUCAGAGCUUCAAUGAUCCAGAGAUCAGCUACACUGUUGCCAUAACUACCUUUUGGAUAAUUGAAACCGUGUACCAGGAUAGCUUUGCUUUCUGUAUAGAAGAAGGUCAUAAGACGCCCUUGGAGCUGCUGGGGACCUGCCAGAGAUGGGGCAGCCCUGAGUUCAAGCAAUACUGCCAGUCUCUUCAGCGAAUCGCUGAUCACUGCUUGGCAAAUGCGACAUCUGAUGCUGUCAAGAGUGCUGAAGAGGCCUUCCUUCGUGUACUCGAGCUGGAGAUCGGGUUCUGGGAUAUGAGCUCUUCUCAGUCCUAAGCGGCAUCUAGAUCCUGGAAGUCUGACCACCGAGCAGUUACUUGGACGAAAUAGAUGAUACCGUGGGUUCAGGCCGAGGCUUACAUCGUAGUACUGUACUUCCCCAUGUAUCUGAUUUCUCUUGUGAACACCGUGCAAUUACUUGGACGAAAUAAAUGUUACCGUGGGUUCAGACUGAAA